GUCGCGACUGCGAAUGGACCUCGCGUGAUUCAGCCUUCGAAUCACUGCCCUAAAUCCAUUUUUUUUACUCUUCGUACCGAACAACGAGUGAAUUAAUAACCGACAUUGACAUUCCUCAUUUUCAAAAGUUGCUACGACUCGCUGGCAACGUUCGUUCGGACCUCACUAGCCCCAUUUUUUCCGCGAGAUGAAUCCCGACAAAAUUCCUCGUGAAAAUUUUGCCUCCGGAGGCGAACCGGUACCGGACGAUUACGCGAUACCAAAAAAGUUCUAGUUUCGAAAUGUAUCGCAAAGCACCGUGUCGUAAAUUUUUUGCAAAAUGAUGUUUUUUUACUUUCCAUUACUCUGAUGACAUUUUUUUUGUCAAUUUCUCAUUGCUGAGUCACAGUUCGGGUUUGCCUUUGUCCAGCGAUCUUUUGAGCACCGAAUACACCAAGAUGGGAACGAGAUCCGCUGCUUACACUCUGAAGCUCACGAGUCUUCACGACUACUAUCAACGCCUUCUUCACGGUAGUCAGCCCACUCCGUCGGGCUUUGACAUGGCAAAUACCGUCAAAUAUUUCUCUCAGACUCUGCUGUCUCUGUUGAAAGAAGUUCGAGAAUCGCCCCUGGAGAUGAUCAAGUGCCAGAAAUUCGAUGGCGAACGGAUGGCACUGUAUCCAAACUUGGAUUACAAACAGCUUUUUAAUGCUUUGACACAGUUGAUGGAUGUUGUUUCGUUCGUGCACGUCGGUUUGGCGGCAUUUGGGCAAGCUUUGCUGCAGUGUCUGGCCUGUUUGAUGCCCUUUCUCGAUCACGAUCUCCUCGACAACCUUCCAUACUUUACCGCAAGUUCGAUAGCUUCGCUUCCAGUCGAAUUGCAUCAAGAGAUCGUCAACUAUCUGUGUUUCUACAUCUUGCCAUUCACGAUAACCCGAAAAACGAACGAUGAGAACGAAAAUCAUGCCAGCCAGUCCGUAUCCGCAGUGAUAAUGAUGGUUUUCCAGUACUCCAGCAAUCCUGCGCACCAUUGCCAACUGUUGGAGUGCCUAAUGGCCCUGAAGCCAGGGGUUGUCAAGGACAUACUUUGUGUCGUCGCUUAUGGAACAGCCCCAGCGAGAGCAUCGGCUGCCAAGCUCUUGUUCUACUACUGGCCUACUUUCAAUCAGAACCUCUUCGAUCGUCGCGCAGUUCUCGUCAAAUUUGCGAACGAUCUGACGCCAUUCGUUUGCCAGCGAGACUCUUGUCCGAAUGCCGGUAACGCCGAAGCUGGCAAGGUUUGCUACGAUCAUCGAAUUUCUAUCACAUUCGCUGCCGAGUCCCCGCCACCCCUUUAUCUCUGCAUCGAAUGCGCUAACGAAAUACAUCGGGAACAUCCGAAUCAGAUGUUCAACGAUAUACUGCAUCCGAUGCAACAAGUUUCCAUGGUUUGUGAGAACAAGAAUUGUCGAGCUACCGACAAAUCGGCAAUCAGCGUUUGUUUUUCGACCGAAUGCGCGAGUUACAACGGAAACCAUCCGAUUCGUUACUGUCAGCAAUGUCACAACAUUCGUCACAACAACCGUCGUGGAGGGGACCACGUGAAUCACAUGGCGCUUCCUCACAUAUCGCAAAUGGACCAGCAGACCCAAAACUAUUUAGUUCAGUCGAUAGUAAGCCUGCUCAAGGAGGCUGAACCGCUAAGUAUGGAUAGUAACAGAGACAUCUCGGAAAUAAGUACUAAUAAGGGCAGCCUGGGAUUCCCAGGGAGUGGUAUUAGCAGUGGUACAAUUAGUGGCGGUGGGAAACCUUGUGAUCCGUCAACCCUCGAAGAGAGACAGCUACUUGGUCGUUAUGGUGUUUGGCUACUAGUCGGACUUUGUACCCCCAAUCAGGAUACUCCUGUAGAAAUACUUGGACGUUUAUUAUCAAUGCUAUUUCAUUGGUUUCAUGUCACUGCCUACUCUUUCGAUGGUACUAAAAAAAGCCUUAUGCACCUUAUAUUUUCUGUUGGGCAAGCGGAAAGUACUCUUGAAAAACUCAAGACCGAAUACGUCUGUGGCUGGCUUUCCGACAUCAUGAAAACCCACUAUCAGGUUUUCAUAUCUUGUCUACUACCGCAUCCGGCCGAUUACGUCAGAGUAGGUGGUCACUGGGAGACACUGGCUUCGAGGACGUCGCACUUGAAGGACGGUUUGAAUCGACUUUUCUGUCUCGUGCCUUAUGAAGUUAUAACUCCAGACAUCUGGGACUACGUGAUGCCGCACUGGAUGGAAGCGAUGGUGAAUGAUGUGCCGGAAAACGAGCUGCACGAAUUGAAAAUAAUUUUGUGUAAAAUUUUGGAUCCAGAAAUGAGUCCGCUGGGCUUCGACGCAAAAAAAAUGUACAGUUUCGUGGCGAAGCGUUUCGUCAACACGAGCGCAAAGGUUCAAGAGCAAGCUUUGAAUUGGCUUCAGACAUUGACGAUGCUCGCAAUCACGAUACCGCUGAGCCAACUUUUCUCAAUGUUCAGCGACGGUGUCGCGGUCAUGCACACAACGAAUUCCUCAGAUUUGGACGAGAAAUCCUACAAAUCACGAAAGAAUAGCGAAGCAGACGAACGCAGCAAUAUCUGUCCAGUCGUCGAAAACGAUUCGGGACAAUCGUCGCCACUCUCGGACGACAUGGCGCCAACCCCGCGACACAUGGAGUUCACUACGAACGCCGAACUCAAUCUUUCGUGCUGUAUUCUCAUGCUGGACGUUCUGCUAAAACAGAUGGAGCUGCAAGACAUAGACAAGCACACAGGGAUAAACACUUGGGUAUGCAGAGACGCGUGUCACCUCAUGAAGUCAAUAGUAUCAGCGAACUGGAACGAUUGUCACGUUUGUAAAGCUGACAGCGAGUGCACUUACUGCGAGUCCAGAGUAAUAUGGCAUCAGUUGUGUCUGCAACUCAUAAUUUACAUGGCGCCUCAGAACCCCGCUUAUCCACCAGACGUGAUUCCGGACGAAACGGCCGAGGAUCAAGGACGAAAAAGUCCACCGGAAUCGGCGAAGAAGUCCGAAGGAAAACCAGACGUCGUUAUAAACAUUCCAUCGUCCGACAUGCACUCGGUUGGGGACGUUCUAGUUCACAUGCCACAUUUCUUCGAACAGAUUAUGACAGCGACCGUAGAGACAGUCUCGGAACAACUCGAUCUCGCAGCUAUUCUACCUGCUGAAAACGUCAUGCCAGCUGUUGCACGGGCGGUCACUCUUUCCGAAAGUGACGUCGCUACGGCUACGGUGAGCAUCGCGAAGCCUCAUCUCAUCGGCGAAAACGAUCAGCCCGUUAGUCUCAGCCCCGAAAACGAGCUCGAUGACUUCUGGCACACGACUGUAGGAAAAUUUCGUUUCGUCAUCGAGGAUUUGCCAGAGCAGCUUCAAUACAUUCACAAGCUUCUGAAGGAAAUCAUGACCGUGGACAAACCGGAUAUACUUUACUACAUGCUCCAAUGCCUCAAUAUUUUGUGCCUGCACGGUGAUGCCUUUGGAACAGCUGCGAAGGAACAUCAGGGAUUUUUCAUUUGGUGUCAAGAAAAUUUGCUGAUAAAAAACUUGUGGGAAUUAUUAAAUGCGGAACACUCGCACAUAGCUCAAGUGACAGUUCCACUUUUGCUUCAUUGCGUUACUCUGCCAUGUGGCACGGACACGUUUUGGCGACUCGUUCAAGAAGAAUUUCAUAACUCGGACUGGCGAGUUCGUUUCAUAGCAGUUGAAAGAGUCACCUUGAUCGCCAGAUUCAUGGACUCAACUCCUCUCCGCAAUGUUCUCAGUCUUCAGGCUGCUAUGGCCAAUGCCUUUUGCUAUAUAAUCAGCAGCAUGGAUGACAGCAAUGUUUAUGUUGCCCAGAGAGCUACCCUCAAUCUUGGGACGGUCCACGAUACCGCGAUACGUUCUUUGAUUUUGUGUCUCGAGACACAAUUCGAUUCAGUGAUCGUCGACCGACCGAUGGUCCUGCAGUCGCUGUACCAGCUUCACAACAGCUUGAGCGACCGUCGAAUAUUGACGUGGGAAUUUUUCCUCAACCGUUUCGACGCCCUCUUCCUCGAGGCGCAAAUAAACCUGGAGAAAACCGGGGACGUAUCUUAUAUCCGGGAUUUACGAAACACGGAUUUAAACAGCGAAGUGUUUGCGAGGAAAGUAAACCGCGCGCACGAGGCCCUCUCCCAGUCUGAUGGUAGCGGCACGAGUUCGGUGAAGACAUUGAGCGCCAGUUUCGGCACAAAAUGGCCAUACAAGCGGACAAUGUCUGCACCGGCUUCGAUCAUACCACGGCAGGACGCGAAGCAAGAAAAGGAAAAGAUAUACAGCCGACAAUCUUCAGCUCCGAUUCUCAAACGCAAGAGCUCCAGAUUUGGAUUGGGUCAGUUGCUUGGGUCCACCCCACCUAAUAACAGUAUACAAGAUGGCCACGUCCAUUCUCUCAACAUGGUUGACGAGACUGCCAAUCUGCCAAGUUUCACACUGAAAAUCGUCGAUCUUGAAGAAUCCGAUAAGGAGACGAUGCAUCUUUUGGUUUUUCUUCUCAUGCAAUUCUUAUCCAGACCCGAUCAGGCUUAUCCAACCGACGAGAAACCACUUUCCAAAACGCAGGGAAUCGUUCUGAGACACUUGUAUCUCUUGUUAGGCUACAAUCAAACUGAGCGAACUUUCCACACGCUGCCCUCGCGUUUGAGGCUGUCUCCAGUUUUCAACGUCUUCAUCGCGAAUCUUCCCCAACUUUUGGACCAAAAUCACGUCAUGGGAUGGGUAAUGAUUCCACCUGUGCUUGCCAUUCUUCAACACUGUCCGUGCCCGCCCCAAAAAGCUCCACCCUCCGAUCACCAACCACCCACGUACAGUCUGUGGUAUUUGGAGCCUAAUUUGAGACGAUCUUGGCUCAUGUCACUCCUCGUUAUACUCUACAAGUGCCAAUACGGUCAGCAGCCUUGGUGCACGCAGCUCCAAGCCCUCGUCAAAAUAGUCUUGAACACAUUGGACUCCCAGCAUCAUCAGUGCAAGAGGAUCCCAGCGACCGUCGUUAUGGGAGGACCACCGUCGAGAUCGCGAGAUGUCUCCCAACCUUCGCUCGGCGCCGAUCACGAUCUCGUGAUGAACGCAGCGGGCGAAAUGGACAGUGAAAGUCCCCCGAUGAGGCAGCCGAUCGUGUCGGUGCACCAGAGAAGUCCUGGGCCCAUAAUCGGACAGACCCACGCAAUGAAAACUCACUGGGAAGAGACCGCGCCGAUCUGCUUUUACCCGAACAAACAAUCAAGCUACUCGAUCAAUGCGGACGAUACGGAAUCCGAGCUGGCCGCAAUACCCGAGAGUCCAAAAUCCGACAGCACAUUGCACGGGAGCAGCGGCGGAUCUCUCGGCGAAAUCGAGGACAGCGAGAGCGUCGUUAAAAAAGCGACGCCGAUCGCGCGUGCCCGGGCAUCCAUAGUUUCGAUCGGUAGCCAGUCGAAGAACGAAUCUCAGGAUCACCGCGACAACGAACGUCCCAGACAGGAUUCCAUCGCUGCCAGGCCCACUUGGUUCUUGGGAAGCGAGGAGGACUCGCACCAGACGAGCGGCGGGAGUUCCUUUCAAAAAAAGUGGAGUGUCCACGAAGGAGUGAAGAUGAUGGUGGCGAGCACUCUGCUCACGGGGCAAGCGAAUCAGCCGAAAGCCUCGUCUCCUCCGAAAUUGGCAGCGAUGGAGAACGCGGACAGCUCGACCGACACCAAAUCCUGCAAGUCUUCUCCUCGGACUAGCGCGAUAGUCGCAACAACGACGGGCACAACCAUCCAAAGAAUCGAGACUGCCCCGAAGGAAAAAACGAGCCCGGUUCCCUCGGAAAUUCUCGAACCAGCCAAUCCGAAACAACAAUUGGGCCGGCAAAAAAACGUCGAGCAAACGACCCCGCUCGCCUCACCAAUCUCACCCUCGCAAUUCCCCGUCGGCAGCGACGACUCGAGCUCACCCGCCGUCAGCUCCAUUUCCUCGCAAAUCACGAGCACCGACAACGGCCAGCAUCCGGUGUGGCUCUCGCCCUUACCGCAAACGACCAUAGCCACCCCGACGGUCGAGCGACUGCUGCCGGUUGGCAACACCACCACCCGUUCCAACGCUCAACGAAGCGCUCAACGAAUCCUCAGGUGCGAGGAUGCCUACGGAUCUCCCGAGUCGCCCUUGUCAAAAAUGGACGUCCUGACAGUCAAUUCCUCCUUCGAUCAGGACAGCGAAACUUGCGCUUCCAGCGACAUAACCAGUCCUCGGAGCAUAUCGCAGCUCGAAUUCCCAAUGCCAGAAAGACUUUUGCCUGUGGGACCUCAACGAGAAUGCGUUUCCGGCCUCGUCGAAAGAGUUCGAGAAGCUCUCGGGGUGCCAGAGAUCGAAGACUCUGCUCCACAUUCUACCAGCGAUGGCGGAGGAGACGAGAAAGAAACUCCGAAUCCCCAGAAACAAGACAGCAUAACAUCAGAAAUUAUGUCGGCGUCGAAUUUGCUGCCGAGCAACGAGCACCAAUCCAGUAGGUCGGCGAGUCCGAGACGACUGAUAAAGCAAGUCGCUCUCGAAUCGCCACCGCCUGCGAUCGAGAGCGACGAUUUCUGCUUCCGACUCCUCGAGCACGAAAGGAAGGCCAAGUUCAAAGAUCACACGCGAAUGCAUCGAGACAGAACUCGGCGAUUGGGGACUGGCUCGGGACCCCACGUUAUUGGUCACACGAGGCGAACCGAUUCGUGGUCUGGACCACAAACUCAGCCGAACUUGGAUCCUGUCGCCCAGCAAGCUUGCCAUGCGGACUUCAACCUCAAACAGAGCUUAUUUCGCACUGGGGACGAUUGUAUUUACGAGAGGUGUUCCGAGUGCGGUACCAUAAAAGAGGAAUACUCGGACGAGGAACUGGGACUUUGUAUCAUAACUUUAGGAACUUUUAUACACCGAGAGCCCGCAUUGGCUGCCCCGUUGUUACCAGAAAUUCUCACGAUCGUUACGAAAGUCGCCUUGAACGCCAUGUAUCCGUGGCAGAACGAGACGAACAUGCAUCUGCCAGGCGGCGCGGUCAGCGUGGCUCAUCAGUUUCUCAGAUGCGUCUUGCACCAAUUGGCGCCAAAUGGAAUUUUCGUACAGAUGUUUCAAACUCACAUAAACGAAAAAACGAGGAAACAAUUUUUCAAGAGUGUCACUCAAGCUCUACUGGACUUUAACGAGCUCAAUCCCAUUGCCCCGCUCCAGCUAUUACUCGAGACUCUGAACGGGAAGAAAUCAUUGCCGAAUGAGUCGCUGCCUACAAUUCUGCACAACGUCGCGUGCUAUCUGGACUGUUUACCGCUCGAGGCAGGCCUCGGGCCAGGUGCGACAACCUGGAGUGGUUUAUUGACACAGUUCGACUCGUUGUUUCGGCGAAUAGUUCUACUCAUAUCGUCUCUCGAGGACGUAACAUCGCUGCUGAGAAUAAUGGUCUCGAUUCUAAAGGUUCAAGGGAUCCAGCAGUCGAAGGGGAUUCUCGAUCCUUUCUCAAAAGUCCUCAGCUACGCUAUACAAAAUUCCACCAUAAAAUAUUCUUACUUGACCGAUCUCUGCUAUCUCUGUCAUCGGGGAUUUCCCCGCGAUCGUGACAAGCACGUCCUCGCGAGGACCGUAGUUUUCGAACUCGUUCAAGCGAUGAAGUUCAAAACGACUAUUCCUGACAACAAUUUUCUGCUUCUCCUUCACUUCGUCCUCCAGGACGUCGGAGGAAGUCUGCCGACCACCAUUGCCGUCGAAAAUAUUCACACCGAAAUUUCCCCGAUUUACAAUACCAACGCUUCCGAAUCUUUGAGAUCCCAAAUAUCCGACGUGCUCGAUUUUCUCGCCGAUUUUCACACUCUCAGUAAAAUCAAAAGCUACAGUAAAGGUUUGCAGGCUGGUCUCAACGAGGACACUCUCGGAGGCAUGCUCAAGUGUGGUUUCGCUCAGUAUCUCGCACUGGAGAUUACGAGAGGUAAUAACAGGGAGAAUCGAGCCGUGGCGAGAUACCUGCCAUGGCUCUACAGCGCGCCUUCGAUGCUGCAGCAAGGCGCUCGAGAAUACAUCGAUUGCAUAGGUCACAUACGUUUACUUUCCUGGCUAUUAUUGGGAUCACUGACUCAUACAGCGAUGUUUGCUGGCACGAGCAAUCCACAUAUUCACGGACCACCGAUUCCCGUUGCUCAGCCAAUACCGCAAGAAGUUUCUUGCCACGUGGCCGAUCACGUGCAAGUUAUCAUUUCCGGAUUUCCGGAACAGUCAAAAACUUCGGUUCUUCACAUGUCUUCUCUUUAUCACGCAUUUAUUUUGUGUCAGCUGUGGACGGUUUACUUGGAAGAAAUAUCGAAAAACAAUCCAUCGAACAGCGAGAGUCACAACAUAACGAUGAAUAUUUUGCUCGAAUUUUGGGGAAAAGUCACUCCUUCGAUUUUGAAGCUUGUCUCAACUUCGAAAGUCCUCGCGGAAAUGGUGAAUCUUCAUUUUUUGAGUCUCCUUGAGGCUCUGCUGGAGUGCAGAUCGAUCUUGCUUAGCAAAUUAUUGCCGCUUUGGAGCCCAAUACUUUUUUCUCACCACGUACAGCUUCCGGGUCACUUGCAAGUACGUCUUCAGAACUGUCGAAACUUUCCUCCUCCGAAAAUGGCUGACCACUUUAUCUCGAAGCGCCGCGAAUCGAACGCGGUACUUUUGCGAUGGUUGAAUCGUUUGCAGUUCAAAAUGGGACAAAUCGAAAUGCAGUCUUCCACCGUCACGACACAGUUUUAUUCCAUUUAGAAAAGUUGGCUGCAUGUUUUGUGUAAAUACAGAGAAAUCUUUGUCACUUUUGUUGAACCAUGAGUUUUCUAGCAUACAGAAAUACGAUGUUCACGUUUUGGGAGAAUUGUCUGAGAGGAAUCGUGGAACACGUGUAAAUCUUGUAAAAUAGACAACUUUUACCCCUUGA